AUGUUCGAUGUAUCUUGGACGGACCCCGCCAGGGAAACUGUGGGUCAGCGAAAGAGUCGUAAGGAGCAAGAGGCAACAAAUGGAACGAGCCGCAACACCCCAGGCUUGUCUAGAGGGUCAUCUUUUCGAAGUUCAAACUCAUCGAGCUCAACCUUUGCGCAUGGGAAGCCGUCGCUUUUGAAUUUUUUUGGUUCUAGCAGGAAAGGAGCACCAAGCAGGGCGGGAUACCGAACACCGACGCCGGCGCCGCUGGUGGAAGAGCCUCUCGACAAUUCUCAAAGACAUUCAAACUUCACCGUUGACUCGGACUCCUCUGGUCACGAGGUACCAGGAACAACUACCCGGAUUCCCAAAAAUGGGUUUUUCGGAAGAAGCCCGCCCUAUUACUCAGAAGGAGAGCUUUCAGCUGCGUCAGAAGCUUCUGAAUCAGUAUUUUCUGGAUGGACUGGCAAGUCAGUUGUGACAGAGGCAACCUCGGACUCGGGCCCAGAAUCAACCACCAGCUCCGGGAAGGUUGUGCAGCCUCUGAGCGAAGACUCAUUUGUCACUCAGAGCACUGAAAGGACAGUGUCCUCUCCAAAGAGCGUCAAGACAGCAGAGCAGACUGCAACUAUAGUUCAUAUCUCAUCCUCUGGAAAAGGACCUGUUCUCGUGAAAGGUUUAUCUGACAAGGUUUCCCCUCCAUCCUCUGCAUUCAGUUUUCCUCUCCCAGUCACAGCACCACCCAAGACUCCACCCAAAGACAAUGUGAGGAUCCAACAAGUAAAUAAGCGAGCUGGAUUCGCAGUCGCCAAACAUUUCCAACCAUCAUACACAUGGAAGCCACCGGAGACAUGGGAAUACGAUGAGGAAACUUCCAAACCCGGUCAACGACGCUCGCCUACGCAACUUCGUCCAAUCAGAGAACGACGCCACAAAACGCCCCCCUCCGAGAUUGCACAUUUGCAAAGAAGCAUCAGACGGAUGGAAGCCGCGAGUUCGAAGAUCGUUCUUGAGCGUCUGAGGGAAGAAUGGGUCGAGGUUGCAGAUGCUUCCGUUUACAGAGAACUGGAGAUAGAGAAGCAGCUUUGGAUGUUGACUGCGUUGAGGACUUUGAAAAAUAAGUCUAGUGCUGAUGACAUUGUCGUAUCUGCUUCCUCGAGACCUACGAAGGUACUGUCGCUGUACGAGAAUCAUGCAUCAUGUUCCUCCCUUUCAGCACUUACAACUGCUACAUCAGUUCACCAUCUGUCCACCAAUCCGCUCUCACCAAAAUCCUACCCCAACAUCCAUCCUCUUCUUGUCCCAGGCCCGACUUCCCAGCUACCCUACGCGUCCAACAUCUUCUCGGAAAUCCAUGCCUUCUCCAUCCCCUCUUUACUGCCAGCAUCAUCCAUCCCCUCCAUUGUAAAAGAAUGUCACCGAACUCUCAUCUCAGCGACUCAUGUCCUUCCCCAGUCCGAUACCUCACCGCAGUCCUUCUCUAAAAGCGCGUCAAGCACACUUGCAGGAACGAAUCCGGUUGCUAGAGGAGGAACCUUACAUCUCACAAUUCUCGAUCCCUCGCCACUCCCUGCAACACUCGGUCCGCGCUUGCGCGAGUGGCUGGACAACUAUCUGAUACUACAUCUGGAGAAACACUUCCGAUGUCUGAACCCCAGUCGACUCUUCCCAGUCUGGUUGUCUGAUGCAGGGUUACGCUCAGAAGGCAGUACAAUCGUCAAUGUCCGAUUCUUCGCUGCUGUUAAUGUCCCAAAGCCGGGUCUAGCUUGCGCGAAUGGCGGGAUCACAACUGACGGGAUGGAAGAGGUAGAUAACACAAAGCAGGAGUUAAAGAGUAUUGUGGGUAGGAUGCUGUGGAAGGAGAUGUGGGGUUCGUAUGUGCAGGGCGAUAAGUGGUGGUGGGAGGAUGAGAGCAUUCUGGAAGAGUGCGAUAGGAUGGGAACGGUGUGGGAAUAUGCUGUCAUUGAAGCUGUGAAGGAGGGGUGA